GCCGCACAGUAAAUAUUUGUAUUAGCCGGAGCCGGCUCGCUAAUGGUGGACGCGUGAGGCGGAGGGCGGCCGGAGCGGGCAGCGCGGCGGCGCCAUGUCCGUGAACAUGGACGAGCUGAAGCACCAGGUCAUGAUCAACCAGUUCGUGCUGACGGCGGGCUGCGCGGCCGACCAGGCGAAGCAGCUGCUGCAGGCGGCCCACUGGCAGUUCGAGACGGCCCUGAGCGCCUUUUUCCAGGAGACCAACAUCCCCUACAGCCACCACCACCACCAGAUGAUGUGCACUCCCGCCAACACCCCUGCCACGCCCCCCAACUUCCCCGAUGCCCUCACCAUGUUCUCCCGGCUCAAGGCCUCCGAGAGCUUCCACGGUGGCGGCAGCGGCAGCCCGAUGGCCACGACAGCCACGUCGCCCCCGCCACACUUCCCCCAUGCCGCCACCAGCAGCUUCGCGACACCCAGCUGGCCAGCCGCGGCCUCGCCCCCCGGGGGCCCACAGCACCACCAGCCGCAGCCGCCCCUGUGGACUCCGGCACCCCCUUCCCCGGCUUCAGACUGGCCACCCCUGGCCCCCCAACAAGCCGCCUCAGAACCGAGGGCCCACCCAGCCAUGGAGGCGGAGAGAUAAGGGAGGCCCCUCCCCCCUCCCGGAGGCCAGGACCCCUGGGGCGGGGGAGAGGACGUCUCUGCGGGCCCCCUUCACCCCUUCUCUGCGCCCCGGAGCCCUGGAGCCCUGGGGGAGCCUGGACUCCAGCCAGGCAGGGAUGUGUCUUGCGCCAGCAUGCACAGUUGUACGCAUGGGAGUUCGCGGAAGCACAGGCGUGAGGCACCCCGCUCGCAUGGACUCAAUUCAGAGUGGUCUGGGUACCUGGUGGACAGAAUCCAGAGGCCCCGGCCCGGCCUGGCCCGGGGUGCUGCAGGAGACCGCUCGCUGGAGACGGCGCUGGUUCCUGACCUGGAGCCCUCUCCGCAUGUGUGCUCGUAGCUGUGUUUGUGUAUUUAUGCGACUCUUCAAAAGGCAACCUAGUUUUGGGGGCAGCUGGACUUUGCAUGUUAGGUGAGCCCCUUGCCCGCAGCCCCUCUCCCUAGGGCCCUGCCUCCCCUCAUCCCACCCCCUUGCCAGCCAGCAUUGCUGUUCCCUGCUGAGAAAAGGACCACAGGAGACUCCAGGACUCCCCUGCCGUUCCAGCGUGUGCCUGCUGGGGCAGCCUGCAUGCCUCCCCCAGAGCCCGGGGUAUUGAUACCCAUUUCCUUCUCCCCUUUUAACAAAAGAGAGAACUCCAAACCACCA